CACAGUCGAGUAAAAGAAACUCGAGACGAGCCGUAGUACACCAUUCUUUGCUAGAUUAAUCCAAGGUGCCAUGGCGAAGGUUAACGAAGUAACGGCAAUGGAAAUUGACGAUCCAAAUUCAAACGUUUCCGAUCAGAUCAGCCCCAAGUACUCAAUCCACGUUUUGCAGCUUCUAAAGUCUGCACAGAUGCAACAUGGAUUACGACAUGGAGAUUACGCUCGUUACCGGAGGUAUUGCACUGCUCGUUUGAGGAGGUUAUAUAAAUCAUUGAAGUUCACACAUGGCCGCGGUAAAUACACCCGAAAAGCCAUUACCGAGUCCACUGUCACUGAAGUGAGGUUUCUUCAUCUGGUUCUAUAUACGGCAGAGAGAGCUUGGAGCCAUGCCAUGGAGAAAAGACAGCUUCCAGAUGGCCCAAAUGCACGCCAGCGUAUCUAUUUAAUUGGUAGAUUACGCAAGGCAGUAAAAUGGGCAGAUCUGUUUUCACAUUUGUGUUCUGUUAAAGGAGAUUCCAGAACAUCUUUAGAAGCUGAGGCCUAUGCAUCCUAUAUGAAAGGGAAUUUGUUGUUUGAACAAGAUCAGAAUUGGGACACUGCACUGAGGAACUUCAAAAGUGCCAGGGCUGUCUAUGAAGAACUUGGGAAAUAUGGAGAUGUGGAGAAUCAAGUCUUGUGUCGUGAACGUGUUGAAGAGCUUGAACCUAGUAUUCGGUAUUGCCUUCACAAAAUUGGAGAGUCAAAUUUGCAAGCUUCUGAGCUUUUACAGAUUGGUGAAAUGGAAGGUCCUGCACUGGACCUUUUCAAAGCAAAAUUGGAGGCUGUGAUGGCAGAGGCAAGAUCACAACAGGCUGCAUCUCUGACCGAGUUCUAUUGGCUUGGCAAUAGAUUCCCAAUUUCUAAUGCAAAAACACGGGUUUCCAUUUUGAAAGCCCAAGAACUGGAAAAGGAUUUACAUGGUCCAUCAGCAGAUUCACUUUCAGCAGAGAAAAGACUAGCAACUUUUGAUAAAAUUUUUACAGCAUAUCAUGAAGCAAGGAGCUGUAUCCGGAGUGACUUGGCCAGUGCAGGUAACGCUGAAAAUGUGAAAGAUGACUUAAAUGGUCUCGAUAAGGCAGUUAGUGCUGUACUAGGACAACGAACAAUUGAGCGCAACCAGUUGUUGGUUAGCAUUGCAAAGAGCAAACUUACUAGGCGUCGUGAUGACAAAAACGAGAAAGUCACCAAGCCUGAGGAGUUGGUUCGCUUAUAUGAUCUUUUAUUACAGAAUACAGCUGAUCUAUCUGAUUUAGUUAGUUCUGGAAGGGAUAGAAAACCUGAAGAAGUGACAUUUGCAGAAGAGUGUCAACUUAAAAGUUUGGCCUUCCGAGCAGAAAGGUGCUUCUACUUGGCAAGGUCAUACAGUUUAGCUGGAAAGAGAACGGAAGCAUAUGCACUAUACUGCCGUGCUCGCUCUCUUGCUGACAAUGCCCUACAGAAGUUUCAAACUCAUAGUAACAGUGAGCAGAUGAUGAUCAAAGAGUUGAAGACUUUAUACGAUGAAUGCAGAUCUUACAGUUGCAUAGAACAUGCAACUGGAAUUAUUGAGGAGGAGAAGGCUCCAGAGAAUCUCUCAAAGAAGAUAUCUACUAUAUCACUAAGUGGUGCUGACAAGAAGGUGGAAAAAUACCUUCUUGAGAAACUUGAUCUCUACGAGUCUGCAGUCAGUGAUUCCAAUGUGAAAGCUCUUCCUCGUAUAGAACCCUUCCCCCCGGCCUUUCAGUCAAUACCUCGUAAUCCUAUUGUUCUAGACCUGGCCUAUAAUGCUAUUGAUUUCCCAUCUCUAGAGAACAGGAUGAAGAAAGACAAGAAGGGCUUCAUAAGUAGGCUUUGGCGUUGAGUUAGACAAAGUUUUCUUGAUCCAAAAGGAAAAAGCAAAGGAAUAGGACCCAACAAAAAAAAUUCGUUUACUCGAUGAGGUUUUGACAUGCAUUGGCCUUUGACUUCGCAUUUAGAAGUUGAGUAAUUCUUAUAACUCUUAACUUUUUGGGAAGUAUAUAGGCAUGGGGUUUUUAUGCUUUUCUUUUGAAACUAUGGGGCUGAAACAUAGAGCUGGAUUAAUUUUGUUUCCUUUAUAUUGCUGGGUGGUAGAGGAAAGAGGAUACAUUUCAAUACUUUCAGAAACUACUAUUUGGAUCGGCUGUUGUGUGAAUGGGAUCCCAAUUCCCAAUCUUCAAAAGAAUCUUUUAACAGGUUUCUCAUGGCUA